CAGCCAUGUCCACGUGCCGGGAAAUAUGAUUCUGUGAAAAAUUCUGAUUUGGAACUUGAUGUGAUUAAGACGAGACAAAGACAAAAUCACGAACGCAGGUGGGGACCGUCAAUGCCCACAUCUACUGAGAUAUCACACCAAGGUUUUGACGACGUAAACAGACUGAGAAGAUGGGCCACAAGCCGACCAAACCCAUGCCUGACAAGAACCCUGAUGGUCAGCUGUUCAUCUCACCCAAGUACUCCGCCCAUCACAUGGAGCUGCUACACAAGAGCCUGGCGCAGCUCCUGGUGUUUUCCUCCACCCCCCGGGAGACGGCCAUUGGCCGUGCCUUCAGGAGGGUCAUCAAGCAGGUCAUCCCUCAGAUGUUUCAAGUUGGGGAGGAUAUCUUGAUGAAAGGUGAUGAGUGCUCUGGCAUCUACUUCAUCAUGGAGGGAACUGUUGCCGUGGUUACUGAGGAUGGGAUGGAUAUCAUUGCAACCUUAACUUCUGGUCAAUUCUUUGGUGAAGUGUCAACAUUGUACAAGCUUCCUGUGACUGCCAGGGUCAGAGCUGAGAGUCUGUGUGAGUGUCUGGUGUUGGAAGAGGACCAUGUAAGGGAACUUCUCCCUAACAGCAGCAAGGUGGUGGACAUCAUCAACUGGUUUGUGGCCAAGAAGUACAUCCCUACCUCCAGUCAUGUGGACUCAGCCAGGAUCUACAGGAGGACACUGUUGGUGUCAUUACAAGAGCUGCCACUCUUUGAAGGCUGGUCUGAAGUUUCACUGAAAAACCUGGUCUUGUCAGUGUCAGAUGACAGUGUAGUUCUGUAUCCUCAGUCAUCCUUCAUCACCUGUGUAGGAGACCCACCUAACAUCCUUCACAUCCUGCUCAGGGGGAGGGCUGUCAUCUCAGGGAAGUCUGGAGUCUGUGUAGAAACGACAGCCGAGAAAUACCCCAUUGUCAUCGGGGAGACAGGAUUAUUUGUAAAGAAGGCGAGCAUGCUGAAUGUGAUGACAGUGACACAGUGCCAGGUGGUGUCGGUCUCACUGGAGCAUCUGACAGCAUGUCUGGAGCAGGGUGCCACAGGCUGCAGAGAAUUCUGGGAGAGGAGGACAAAGUUGUGGGAGAACUUUGUUCAUCAUCGGGAGAACUUGACUGACAUACACCAGGAUGUGUUGCAGUAUGAGGUGACCUUCCAGUUCCUGUCUAACUCCUCCCUGUUCAAGAACACCACUCUGCCCCUCCUGCAGCAUCUGGUGAUGGAGUCUCACGUCCUGGGUGUCACUGAUGGGGUGAUGGCCUACUCCCAACAUGACUCAAAACAGCGGACAAUUCUACUAGUGCUGGAAGGAAGGCUGGAGGUUACGGAGCUAGCAGCUUCUCCUUUACAGACAGCUGGUUCUCCAUCACAGACAGCUGGCUCUCCAUCACAGACAGCUGGCUCUCCAUCACAGACAGCUGGCUCUCCAUCACAGACAGCUGGUGCUCCAUCACAGACAGCUGGUUCUCCAUCACAGACAGCUGGCUCUCCAUCACAGACAGCUGGUGCUACCACACUGGUAGCAGGCUCCUCACAAAGGACUGGUUCUCCCUCACCAACAACUGGUUCUUCAUCACAGAGGGCAGGUUCUUCCUCACCACCAGUAGGUGUGAAAAGGACAGUGACACAGGGCCAGAUCAUUGCCAAAGUUCCAGGAGUCUCCACCAUGGUCACAUAUAAAAGUGUGGGCAAAUCAUCUGUCAUAAAGUUUUCCACACCAGUCCUCAAACAGGCGUUAAUGAAGUUUGCUGCAACCAAGGGCAAAAGCUGAACUCUACCUAAUCAUUAUCCUUAUGAAGCAUCGAAGGAUGACUCAGCAUAUCUACAUGGCCUUAAAAUGAUUGUGUGUCUUUAUAUCUGAUGUUAGGUGGUGAACAUGGGGGUAUGGUUUUACGCCGCUUUUAGCAAUAUUCAAGCAACAUCUGGGGACACCAGAAAUAGGCUUGACACAUUGUACCCAUGUGGGGAAUCGAACCCAGGUCUUCGGCGUGACGAGCAAACGCUUAAACCACUAGACUACCCCACAGCUCCUUAACACAAAAGUGUAUAUUUAUAUCUGAUGUAUUAGGUGGUUGUUAGCAUGGCCUUAAAACAACUGUGUGUCUUUAUACCAAAUGGGAUAUGGUUGUCAGCAUGACCUUAGAAUGAAGUGUGUCUUCACAUCUGAUGUUAGGUGGUUGUCAGCAUGACCUUAGAAUGAAGUGUGUCUUCACAUCUGAAGUUAGGUGGUUGUCAGCAUGACCUUAGAAUGAAGUGUGUCUUCACAUUUGAUGUUAGGUGGUCGUCAGCAUGGCCUUAAAACAAUGUGUGUCUUUAUAUCUGAUGUCAAGUGGUUGUCAGCAUGGUCUUAAAACAACUGUGUGUCUUUAUAUCUGAUGUCAAGUGGUUGUCUGUAGUCAUGCUGUCAGACAUAUGGGAAUAUCCGCCAAUUGUUCAUCCACAAGCAGACAUACUUCAUCAAGUCGAUAUACGUCAGUUGUUAUGUAAGAGAACUCUGUUCUGUGAAAUGUGGACUUUUUCUUGACUGGAAUAAAAGAUGGAGGUAAGGUGAA